UGUAAUUUAGCCAAAAAAACCUAGCGGUGGUGCCAAGGAGGCUACGAACCAAGGAAAGAGACCAGAUUUCUUUGCCUGUUUUAAGUUUAGCGGGGAAACCUCCACAUUUAGCAGAGAGGCAUGGGAAACGAAGAGAAGAAACCCAGAUUUCUCUGCCUUCAUGGUUUCAGAACAAGCGCCAAAAUUCUCAGAAAACAGGUCGGAAAAUGGCCGGAAUCUGUGCUCGAGAAGAUGGAUCUCGUAUUCGUCGACGCUCCUUUCCCUGCCGAAGGAAAAUCCGAUGUCGAGGGGAUUUUCGAUCCUCCGUAUUUGGAAUGGUUUCAAUUCGACAAGGAAUUUGUGCAGUACAGGAACUUACAGGAGUGCCUUCAAUACAUCGAGGAUUAUAUGAUCAAGCACGGACCAUUCGAUGGCCUACUAGGUUUUUCCCAGGGAGCAAUUCUCUCGGCUGGUUUACCGGGUCUGCAAGCGAAGGGAUUGGCUCUAACGAAGGUCCCCAAGAUUAAAUUUCUGAUAAUAAUUGGAGGGGCAAAAUUUCAGUCGCCAACAGUGGCGGAGAAUGCAUAUUCGUUGCCCAUCGAGUGUCCUUCUCUUCACUUUUUAGGUGAGACAGAUUUUCUGAGACCACAUGGGACUAAACUCUUGGAAUCAUUCGUCAACCCUUUCAUAGUUCAUCAUCCCAAGGGGCAUACCGUCCCAAGACUUGAUGAAAAGAGUCUAAAUAUUAUGCUUGAUUUCCUCGAGAAGAUCCAAAAGGCAAUGUCUUGCAACGGAACUGCUGAUGACAAAAAGGAGGAAAAUGCCAAACCAGCAAAUGGAUGUUUAUGGAAAUGCCAAGACUUCCCACAAAGUUAGUAAAGAUGUGGCAUAUGAGCCGGAAGACAAAGCAUAUAUUUAUUCUGCUUUUUUUUUCUCCUACUGGAUUUAUCAUUUAUCUCUAUGGGAAUGGGAUUCCCCAUGUCAAUUAUGACAUUAUGCAAGUAAAUGACAACCAUGAUUUUCGGUUACCCCAUUAAAGUGGAAACCUUCUUCGUCAA